AUGUUAUCAACGCUGUGGUUGGGUCUCAUUGCCCUCGGCUUUUUUAUUGUUACCCUUCGCGGCCGGAAAAGAUAUCCGCUACCUCUUCCUCCUGGUCCUAAACAGCAACCUAUAAUUGGAAAUCUGAAGGACCUUCCAAGCCCAGACCAACAAGAUUGGAUGCACUGGCUAAAACAUAAGGAGCUAUAUGGACCAAUCAGCUCACUCACUGUGCUGGGAAAACAUGUUAUCGUCCUUAAUGAUGCUAAGUUGGCGGUGCAGUUACUAGAAAAGCGUUCCGCUAUAUUCUCAUUGCGUCCAGAAAAUGCGUUCACUGAUAUGUCGGGCUGGCAAUAUGUUCUUGGGGCACUCAGAAAAACAGACCACGUAAAGAAAACACGCAAACACUUGUUUCAAGAGAUGGGUUCAAAGAAUUCCGUUGCCCGCUUCAACGAUAUUCAGGUAGCGGAGGUCAGUCGCUUCCUAGUGAGGGUAUUGGAUAAGCCAGAAAACCUCCUUCAGCAUAUACGGAAAGAGGCAGGAGCAAUCGUCUUGAAAAUUGGUUAUGGCUAUACUAUUGAACCCCAUGCUCGGGACCCUCUUGUGGAUCUAGCCGACCAGGCGAUGGAGGAUUUUUCAUAUGCCUUGCUUCCAGCAACAUGGGCAGUGGAAUUUAUUCCAAUAAUGAGAUAUCUCCCGGCCUGGUUCCCUGGGGCAGGGUUCGUGAAGAUCGCGCAAAGCUAUAGGUCCAGAGCAAAGGCAUUCAGUGACGUUCCGUACUCAUUUACCAAGCAAAAGAUAAGUGACGGUCAAUUUGUACCAUCCUUCUUGUCCAAUCUUCUUCGGGACAAUUAUGUGGAGCCUGGAACCGAAGACGAAGAGGUCCUCAAAUGGUCAGCUGGGUCUUUGUACGCUGGAGGAGCAGAUACAACCGUCUCUUCAAUUGCGAGUUUCUUUCUCGCCAUGGCUCUUUUCCCGGAGGUGCAACGCAAGGCUCAGGAAGAAAUUGACACAGUGCUUGGGACUAAUCGACUACCCCAAUUCCAAGAUCGAGAUAACCUUCCAUAUAUAAAUGCACUGGUCAAGGAAGUUCUCCGAUGGCAUCCAGUUGUACCCAUGAGUGUACCACAUAUGUCAUCUCAAGACGAUACAUGCGAAGGGUACUUCAUCCCCAAGGGAUCAUCUGUUCUUACAAACGUCUGGGCAUACACGCACGAUCCAACUGUUUAUCAUGACCCAAUGAUCUUCAACCCGGAGCGCUUUUUGCCGACCCCAGACCGCAAACUCCCAGAGCGCGAUCCACACAUGCUUGUGUUCGGAUUCGGUCGUCGAGCCUGUCCUGGGCGUACUCUAGCAGACGCAAAUGUCUUUCUCACAGUCGCACAGGCUUUGACUGUUUUCAGUAUCUCGAAACCGAUAGAAAACGGGGUCGUCCAGGAUAUCCCAUUAAAGUUCCUUCCUGGGGUCAUUAGCCAUCCGGCUCCAUUCAAAGUGACAGUCCUGCCGCGAAGCGAGAUGCAUGAACGUAUUAUCCGAGAACUCGGAGAACAACAUCCUUGGGAGAAAAGUGAUGCCGAAUUUAUCCCGAGUGUGUAG